CGUGCGCCUGCGAGCUGGGAGUCUGCGCGGCCGGGGAGGCGGUCGUUAGCUCCAGGGACGUAGGGCUGCGGAGCUGACGCGGCGCCUACGAGCCACGGCGGAGGGCCCGCACACGACAGGGCCUUCCCUGCCCCGCCUCGGAAAAUGGUAUCUGCGGGUUGCCGAGGACUGCAAGAUACCGGAUGUGGAUCCGUUGGGUGGGGGUCUCUCCUUGCAGGAAACUAAGCGCCCCCUCCUGGGGACGGAGCUCCUGCCGCAGAGACCGCUGUUGGAGCCUGAUUGGUUGCAGAGGCGUCCUCAGCCCCAGGGACUCCGGUUUGACACUCCAGCAUCUCCCGUAUUGCUGGACCUCGCCCCUAGUCUCUAUGUCCCUUGCCCUGGGUCAUGGAACCAUCAUUGCAGGCACCGCAGCGGUGCUGUCCGAAGAAGGGGAGGUGACUUCCGGCCUCCAGGCUUUGGCUGUGGAGGAUACUGGAGGUCCCUCGGUGGCGGUCAGUAAGGCCGAGGAAGAGGGGGAAGGAGACCAGGACGAGGUUGGGCGUGAGGGGUCCGGGGCUGAGGUGCCAGGAGAAGCCCCGAGCGCUUCCGUGGGGAGUGAGCCUGCGGAAGAAGAAUCCGAGGACUGGAGCGUGCCUUGCAGCGACGAGGAGGUGGAGCUGCCCCCGAAUGGGCAGUCCUGGAUGCCCCCGCCUACCGAAAUCCAGCGGCUCUACGAGCUGCUGGCGGCCCACCGGACCCCGGAGCUGCAAGCCGAGAUCCUGCCCCGCCGGCCGCCUACGCCCGAGGCCCAGAGCGAAGAGGAGAGGUCUGAUGAAGAGCCAGAGGCCAAAGAAGAGGAGGAGGAAAAGCCUCACAUGCCUACAGAAUUUGAUUUUGAUGACGAGCCAAUGACACCAAAGGACUCCCUGAUUGACAGGAGGCGCACUCCAGGAAGUUCAGCCAGGAGCCAGAAACGGGAAGCCCGCCUGGACAAGGUCCUCUCAGACAUGAAACGACAUAAGAAAUUGGAAGAACAGAUUCUUCGAACUGGCAGGGACCUCUUCAGCCUGGACUCGGAGGGUCCCAGCCCGGCCAGCCCCUCACUCCGGUCCUCAGGGAGCAGUCUUUUUCCCCGGCAGCGGAAGUACUGACUUGCUGUUCCUGUUUCUAGGUGCCAGGGCCUGGGUGGCCUGGCUUUCAAGGGAGAUUCUAGAAAACCUGGGAAGAAGAGAGAAGCCUCCUUACAAGAGAGAAUGCGCUUGCGAUUGCGCACGUGUGUGUGUGUGUGUGUGUGUGUGUGUGUGUGUGUGUGUGUGUGUGUUUUCUGCCGAAUAUCUUUUUGGAGUACUGGACUGGGUUUUCUGAAUCUAAAAUAAAAGCUACAGUCCAGAACUGCAACUGGAACCUAAA